AAGGGAGACGCAAGGAGACAAGGGAGACGCAAGGAGACAAGGGAGACACAAGGAGACAAGGGAGACACAAGGAGACAAGGGAGACACAAGGAGACAAGGGAGACACAAGGAGACAAGGGAGACACGAGAGAGACAAGGGAGACACGAGAGAGACCAUGGCCGACGUGGAGGUGCAUGUGGACAGCCUCAUCUCCCGCCUGCUGGAGGUGAGGGGCAGUCGACCGGGCAAGACGGUGCACAUGUCGGAGGCAGAGGUGCGGGCGCUGUGCAUCAAGUCUCGUGAGAUCUUCCUCUCUCAGCCCAUUCUGCUCGAGCUGGAAGCGCCGCUAAAGAUAUGCGGCGACAUCCACGGACAGUACUACGACCUCCUGCGCCUGUUCGAGUACGGCGGAUUCCCUCCCGAGAGCAACUACCUCUUCCUGGGCGACUACGUGGACCGUGGCAAGCAGUCGCUGGAGACCAUCUGCCUGCUACUCGCUUACAAGAUCAAGUACCCCGAGAACUUCUUCCUGCUGCGCGGGAACCACGAGUGCGCGAGCAUCAACCGCAUCUACGGCUUCUACGACGAGUGCAAGCGCCGUUUUAACAUCAAGCUCUGGAAGACGUUCACGGACUGCUUCAACUGCCUGCCUAUCGCUGCCAUCAUUGACGAAAAGAUUUUCUGCUGCCAUGGCGGCCUCUCACCGGACCUGCAGUCAAUGGAGCAGAUCCGCCGUAUCAUGAGACCCACGGAUGUCCCCGACACCGGGCUGCUGUGCGAUCUGCUGUGGUCGGACCCUGACAAGGACGUGCAGGGCUGGGGCGAGAACGACCGUGGCGUCUCCUUCACCUUCGGCGCCGACGUCGUCAGCAAAUUCCUCAACCGCCACGACCUGGACCUCAUCUGCCGCGCUCACCAGGUGGUGGAGGACGGCUAUGAGUUCUUCGCUAAGCGCCAACUCGUCACGCUCUUCUCCGCGCCCAACUACUGCGGGGAGUUCGACAACGCCGGGGCAAUGAUGAGCGUCGACGAAACGCUCAUGUGCUCCUUCCAGAUCCUGAAGCCGGCGGAGAAAAAGCCUAAGUACCAGUAUGGCGGCCUGAACGCCAACCGCCCAGUGACCCCGCAACGUGCGGGCACACUCCCCAAAAAACGCUAGCUCUCAGCCACACCGACCACAACAACAACAACAACCACUACAGCACGGAGAAUAACAGCGCCGACUACAGUGAGUCUUAAGGGAGCUGCAUUAGCAUCGAUGGUGUCAACAACAUCAUCAUAAUCAUCGCCGUGAUUUAUACAACUCCCAUCAGGUCGCGAAAGAUCUUACACAGUACGAGGGCAUGUAACGAUUCACUCUGCACGCAAAUGAUUCAAAUGUGUUCUUUUGCUCACGAUGCGUGCAUGAAAUAUCACGUCUUAAGAAUCAAUCAUUUACGAUUUUAUGCUUCACAAGCCAAGCAAGGCAUUUCUAUUGAAGUCGGCAGUCAACCUUCGAUCAGUGGAAGGACGCUUGCUCUCCUGUGCGGCUCUCUCUGGUCAGGAUCGUCCUUCCCCCCCCCCCCCAGCCCACUGUGCUGUCGACCUCCUGCCACAGCUCAAGUCCAAGCUCAAGACCUUCCGUUUUUUCCCAUCUGCCGAUGACUGACCACCCCUACACACUAAACUUGCCCACCGCUUCCGUACAGCGUCUUGAGGUGCAGGUGCAUGUGGAUGAUAUUUAAAUCCAAAUUCUGUUGCAUUGCAAAAUGCACUACAAUUUAAAUGAACGAGACGGAACAAAAUGAAUGGGGCGAUACAAACAGGACAGAAAUAAAACGAUUGAUUCGUCACUUGCAUCGCGAUUCGUUCUAAUUGCUGGUGGGUGAAUUGUUACAUGCCUGCUCAUGGCCCACAAUGCACAGCUCAAUAACAGCAGCAGCAGCAGCAACAGCAAUGACGAGAGAAACCAGUGACUGCACUCGGAGAUGUUACCAUUGGCUCAAGGCCGUCAGCAUGGUAUCAAGAGGACACUUGCACACACACACACACGUGAACAUGACCACAUACACAUGCAUGCGCACAUGCACGAACGCUGUCGCACGCGUGCAUGCGUUCAUACGCGCACACUCGCACGCCUACGUAUGCGCUGUUACACGUGCAGGCGAGCACGUGCGCAUCCCGUUGACAAAAAUAGCGGUGUGAUACACACCCGCGUGCAUGAUGGUGCACACAUUGCAUAUACGUGUACCCCCAUGCACCCAUAAAUAUACACCGCAAAGCCACGUACAAAACAAAGACAAAGAUAUCCUGUAGCCUUUUAAUGUACUGUUGGGGAAGGUGCUGUAGCGAGCACCUUUGAAGCCCAACAUGGCACACGACCGGGUAGGUGGCGAGCACCAUGCCCAGUCAUCUGUGUUUCCCCAGUGCUGAUGUUGCACUCCGCGCAAGGUACUCUUUUAGGACUGAGUCAGCCUAGGGGAGGCCCAGGACCAGUUCAGAUACCCCAGCCCCAAUGUUGGCCAUGAUGGGGAAUCAAACAUGGGUCACCGGGUUUGUAGCGUAGUACGAUAACAUCCGCACUCCCGCUCCCCACGUACACAGCCAUACACGCGCAAACUUAUGCACG